CGAUUGACCUCUCGUAUUCUUAUUCUAAUUGUGCAUCCCCUUGGAUCUUAGAUAUCCGCAAGAUUUGGUACUUGGGUUUCAUUUGAUUGGUGAAGUUAAAUUCUGGAUUGGUCGGUUGAUUGAUCGUGGAAGGAUCUGUUUAUUUCUACAUUUUGAACCAGAGAGAAAAUUUUCAUUCUGUAUUCAAAUUACGCUUUCGUUGUUAAUGUUAAAAUAAAAGAAAAGGAUGUCUGGGAAUGGUAAGCUAUUUAUUGGUGGUAUAUCUUGGGACACCAAUGAAGAGCGUCUCAAGGAGUAUUUCAGUAGUUUCGGCGAAGUGGUAGAGGCAGUGAUCAUGAAGGAUCGGACCACAGGACAUGCACGUGGUUUUGGUUUCAUUGUUUUCUCUGACCCAGCUGUUGCCGAGAGAGUCAUCUUGGAGAAACACAAUAUAGAUGGCAGGAUGGUGGAGGCAAAAAAGGCAGUUCCUAGGGAUGAUCAGAACAUUAUCAGUAGAAGCACUAGUAGCAUCCACGGUUCACCUGGUCCAGGACGCACAAGAAAGAUUUUUGUAGGUGGUUUAGCAUCUACAGUCACAGAGAGCGACUUUAAGAAGUACUUUGAUCAGUUUGGGAAUAUCACAGAUGUUGUAGUGAUGUAUGAUCACAACACCCAAAGGCCUAGAGGUUUCGGAUUUAUCACUUAUGAUUCAGAAGAGGCAGUGGUCAAGGUCUUGCUAAAAAAUUUCCAUGAACUGAAUGGUAAAAUGGUUGAGGUUAAACGAGCUGUUCCCAAAGAGUUAUCUCCUAGCCCACAUCAUAGCCCUCUUGGUGGAUAUAACAAUGGUUUGAAUAGGGUUAACAACUUCCUUAAUGGCUACACUCAGGGAUAUACUCCAAGCAAUGUUGGUGGCUAUGGACUUAGGAUGGAUGGUAGAUUUAGUCCAGUGGAAGGCGGUCGAAGUGGGUUGCCUCCCUUUGGUUCUGGUUAUGGAAUGGGCAUGAACUUUGAGCCAGGCUUGAACCCAAGUUUUGCAAAUAGUGCAAAUUUUAGUGGUAAUAUGAACUAUGGACGGGGAUUUAGCCCUUAUUAUGUCGGUAAUGCAAAUAGGUUUGGUAGUCCUAUUGGGUUUGAUGGGACUACUGGAGGUAAUACUUCCUUUUUCAGCUCAGUGACCCGAAAUCUUUGGGGAAAUGGGGGGCUCAAUUAUAACACAAAUGCUCCUAGUUCUGGUGCAUAUAUGGGAUCUGGAAGUGGUGGUAUGGGAGGAAAUUCCUUCGGAAUUAGUGGAAUUAAUUGGGGUUCUUCUGCAAUUUCCAAUCAGGUUGGAGGGAAUAAUGUUUCUAGCAAUAGUGUGAAUUUUGCCUAUGGAAGUGGUGAUAACAGCUUUGGGUUGGGGACAGCAGGGUAUGGGAGAAACAGUAUGACCAAUGUGGCUCCAACAUCAUCAUAUCCAGCGUCAAAUGGUGGUUAUGAUGGAGCCUUUGCAGAUUUUUAUGGUGGUGCUUCAGUUUAUGGGGAUACCACUGGGCGAUAAUCAACAUCUGAGCAAGAUGGUUCUGGUUCCUUUGGUUAUGUACUUGGUAGUGCCACUUCUGAUGUUUCGGGUAAAAGUUCUCCUGGUUAUGUUGGUGGUUACACGUUAAUAAGAGACAAUCAAAUAGAGGUAAG